AUGGAUAAUACAGAAAUUAAAGAGAACGUUAAUGAUUUUCAUUCACUGUUCAACUCUGAUGGAUUGUUUAAAGACAAAUUAGAAGAUUACGACAAAAAUCAAAAGGAAUUCAACUCUCUUAAUGAAAAAGCGAAAGAAGUGAAAAAAGAGAUCUUGGAGCUCAAAAAUGAAGUAAAAGUCUGGGUGCAACGAAAAAGUCAAUUAGAAAACGCUAAAAAAGCUGUAAACAAGGAAUAUUCGUCAGAUGUCCCCCCUAAAGAUCAAGAUUAUAAAUAUUAUCAAGAAAAGUACGCCAUAGCUCAGGAAUUCAUUUCUAGCUGGAGUGAUUGUAUAGAUGACAUGCAAGAUUGUCAAAAAAAAUGUGAUGAGCUUGAAGAAUUUUUUCAAGAGUCUACUCAGAAAAACAAAGACAUCAUUAAAGAAACUCUGGAUCAACUUACAAAAUUGAAUUUAUCAAAUGGACUUUUAUAUUCCUAUUUUUAUAAGUGCUUCAAGCUAUUCAUUUGUUGCAACUUUGGCUUCUUCUCAAAAUCUAAUACAAUGAUUCAGUUAGAAAAUAUUUUCAAUGAAUUCAGAAAUAAUCUUGACAGAUAUCAAGAAGACAUCACAGCAUCCAAAGACAAAGUUAGAGAAUAUGUUAAAUUUCUCCAAAAAACAGUGCUCCAGGUUAAUAGAGUACGAAUGGGUAGGGCUCCAGCAUAUAGUAAACAAGCACAAAAUUGUUCUUUAUGUAAUGGGCAAUAUGUAUUUAUUAAAUGGUGUAAGUUUUGUGAUCGUGAACAGUUUCAGAAGCAGUUCUCUAGUUGGGAAACUGAUAGUUCAGAAUUCGAUAAAGUUAUCCGAGAUUCACAGCUUUCUAUCAAAUAUCCCAAUGUGUAUAUACAGUGGAUUCCUUAUGAAAAGUUUUCUAAUAUCGAAUUUGUGGGUAAGGGCGCUUUUGCAAAGGUUUAUAAAGCGGAUUGGAUUGAAGGAAUUGGUGUCUGGGAUUAUGCUCUUGGCAAAAGGACUCAAUAUCCGAACACACCUGUAGCUUUAAAAGAACUCAAUAAAUCAGCAAACAUAAGUAAAAGUUUCCUCGGAGAGUCAUCCUCUAGCACAGUGCUCCGCUGUUAUGGUAUUUCAAGAAAUCCUGAAUCUAAGGAAUAUGUUAUGGUUUUUCCUUAUGCACAUGGAGGCGAUUUAAGAAAUUACUUGAAAAAGAAAUUGAAUUGGAUAAACAAAUUGGACAUUUUACGACAUAUAUUAUUCGGACUUCCUUUACCAGACACUGUAAACCAAUUUAUUACAAGCAAUUCGAAAAAAUCAGAUGAGAAAUAUACUUUUAACAAAGACCAAUUUGCGAGUAAACUCAUUACCAUAAAAGCUACCAAAGAUUAUGUACACAAAGAUGACAAGGCUGUGGACACAAAUUCCGUAGACAGUGGUGAUAAUAACGAUGAAUACCAAUUUGAUCUCAUGUGUGAUUAUUCAGAAAAAAAAAUUGCUUCGAUCGUCACCAAUAAGAUUCCACAAUUAGAGGUUAAUGAGAUACGAACGGAGAAUAAACCAACAAACAUUGAGAGAAAUUCAAAUACUUAUGAGGAAAAAAAGCUCACUACUAAUGAGGAGACAAACCCGACUAGCAAUUAA